AUGAAAGGACCUGAGAGCGUCAACGGGGUCGUCGCACCCGCGGCGCAGAGCCGCAAGCGCAAGGCGUUCCUGUACAUCUUCAACAGUGUCACGGCCAUCGUGGCGAUUACCGUCAUCUUUGUCGUCAACACGACGGGGGUCGUGCGCACGAUCGAGACGCUGCUUGGAAGCUACGACACGCCCCGGUCGUACGGCUAUCACUCGUUCAACAUGCCAUUUUUGCUCCGCGAAGCGGCGCUCUCGGGCCCUAGUGUCCAGGACCGCAUCACGACACUCCUCAAUGCAGGGCACCACGUGGCCUACUUGGAGAAAGAAUCGACCGACGCGACGGCCACGCGGUUCCAGCCAAACGGCUGCGCCACGAUUGUCAAUGCGACGACAGAGCGCAUUUACGCACCGGCCCACGUGUCACUUUUGAUGAAAAACAUGAUGGUCGACUAUGGCAUGGCAGCCAGUGUGACCGACAACAGCGCGAUUGCUAUCGUCGACUGUUCUUUUGAAGGCCGCCUCGCCCAAGACACGACGGCAUUCAAGGCGUAUUUGCUCGAGCGACACCUCAAGUGGAUUGUGACGUUUCAGCUGCAGACGAUCAUGGCCAACAUUCCGGCGCGGCGCGACACGAUGCCGACGGGCACGGUCACCAUCACCAACAUGACCAUAGCAUCCUUGCAAGUUGCGCCCACGAUACCUCCCGGUGACGCUUUGGCCGGCCUCUCGUCGACCGAGGUGGCGAUUCACCGCAUGUUUUCAUCGCGUGGGUUUCCCUUCAACACGGCAGCGUUUGACGAAGUGUACAUCAACUCGACCACGAGCACGGGCGCGUGGAACACCUACGUGCUUUCGACGGAGCUGGAAAUGAUCCUCCAGGGAUAUGGUGGCAUGUACCGCGGGUCGCAGAACGAACAAGCCAACUACAAUACGUUUGUGUGGCAAUUGUCGCCGAAUCCGCUCGACCCGAUUCACUACUUCAACUACGAAGGCGUCGGGCGCAUCAAAAACUCGUGGGCGUGGGGCCAAGCCUUGGUGAGCGGUUUCCUCUCGUUUACGAUCAUUACGAGCACGAUCAUGGCGUGCAUCAUUUCCAAAAAUAUUCACACCGCAACCGGCGUCUGGUGGAUUCCCGACAUUUCGCCGUCCGUGGGCUCGGGCAUUGGGUUCCGAGGCGUUCUCACAAUCCUCGCAUGGUGGAUCGAUGGCUGGUGGGCGCUUCAAGAAUGGUCGUACAACCAAGGCAACGCGCGCAACCAGUUGCUUGCGAUGUAUGUUCUCACCGACUCCAUCAAGUCGGACUGCUUGAGCCUCUUUCUCGCGGGCGCCGCGCUCAUUGCAACCAACUUUCGGCUGCGUGUGAACCCCGCGAUUCCAGUGAUCGUGUACAUGAUUGUCUACUCGCAGCGCGAAGCCAUCGUGGCCAGUCUCGGUUUUAUUCUGACCCGGGCCAACGACGAGCUCAUUGCGAACCAAAUGCUCAACGUCGUGCCGUCCGACUCGUCGGGUCUCGACAUGUGGAUGUGGCACGAAAAGCUUGACUUUAACGCGACCAUUGUCUUCAACGAAAUGACGUGGUUGUACAUCGCGCUCAUCAUAUUUGCGCUCUACUGCGCCAUGAAUCGCUUCUACACGGCGCGGUUCACAGACCACCUCGUCGAAGCCGCGCACACGCGCGGGACCAUGUCGGCCGACACGGGAGGCACGGGUGCGACCACUGGCAAGUCGGGUAGCACAGAGAACGCGACAUGCUUUGAGAGCAGCACGGGCGAAUACUUGCGCCAUAAAUAUGGUCUCAUGUCGUACCACGAGAAUUACCUCUUCAUCAAAGGCAUGAAGUACGCGUCGCCGUCCGGAAUUUGGACGUCGGGAUGGGUCGUCGUCGACAACCGGUUCCUCUUUCGAACCGACGACAUCAUGAAGGUGUUUUUCAACAUUUUACUGUGCCACGACAUCUUUCGCGCCCACUGCCAUGUCAUUACGGAGAGCAAAGUCGACAAGACGGUGAUCCGCGUGUUCCGCAAGGACAUUACCAUCAAGCAACUCUUCACCCUCUCGCUUCGCCCGCUCUCGUAG